AUGGCCAACGGGACCGUCGCGCCAAGCGUCGUCGAUUGCUCUCGUCCGCCGUUGAAUGUGCAUCCGAAAAAUUGUUGCCUAAUGCCUCCUCUGUUGGAUGACGUGCUGCUGCAAGGUUGUAAGGAUAUUCAUGGUCCGGAGGACCUAAAGCGAGGUGUUAUACACGAGAAGGGCAAUUGUUAUAUGGAAUGUGCAAUGAAUGCCACCGGGUUACUAGUUAAUGGUGUUCUGGAUCAAGCAAAAAUUCUACAACUGAUUGAGAGUCGAAUUGGCAGUCAGCCUGCAAUGCUUCAGGCAUUUAGGAAUGCGAGCAUGAUUUGCUUCCAGCGCGGACCACAGCGGAUUGUAGUUCCCAGUAGCGGCAGUAAAAGCAAACAUUGUAGUAGUACUGCGGCGGAUUUCAUUGGCUGUGUAAAUAUGCACAUAUUUAAGAUCUGUUUGGAUGAAUACUGGAUCAACAGCGUCAGCUGUAAUAUACUGCGGAAAUUUAUUCAGAAUUGCCCUGUACCAACAUAA